GUCGCCACACAGCUACCAAACGAGAGCUGCUGUCCCCGCCCCUACUCCAGCUCUGUAUUCAAACUUACCGCACCCCAGCAAUCUCUGCUUCCGUACCCCGAAAACGUCUGCUCCCGCACCCCGACAACCUCUGCUCCUACCCCGCAGCCUCCGCAGCGUCCUCAGGAGCCAGGUGCCCACUGUGGCCGCCAGACGCCGAGGGACGGCGGAGAGUUUGGUCCACAGAGUAGAGGCAAGGAGAGGAAAAAAGUGUUUCUUCUCAUUGCUAACGUGAAUUGUGGACUACAGAUACAUAGAAAAAACAAACUGCACAGACAUAAAUAUUUUCACCAUGAUCUAAAAACUCAAAAAUAUUCUUCAGGCUUCUUGUGGAUUUUUCUGGAAGGAAGAAUCUGUGAACUUAUGUUAACAGAGACUUAUUUUCAAAACCAUGGGAGAAAGAGAAAGAAGCCCUGACACUGACCAAGAAAGUAAGGCUGGCAAACACCGUGACUGGUAUUCUUCGUCUGACAUCGGAACUACACCACCGUCUUCUGGCCGGUCAACACCGGUCGAUCCCUGCUCAACUACGAGUAUCAAGGGAAAACAUUCUAAAAGGCAAAUUUCAGAUAGUCAAGUGCAUUACCAAGCUCCUAGGAAACCAGGUCCUAAGGGUCCAGCAAACAGAAAGGGAGUGGGAUUUCACUCUCAGAUCCUCAGUAGGAAGCCACCAAGGAAAGAUACUGAUCUUGUUACAAAACGGGUUCAUUCUGCAAGACUGCUAAAAAUCAAUGCAUUGCAGAAUGAAAUAACUGAACUCCAGGUCAAAUUAGCUGAGCAGCUAAAAGAAAAUAAGGCUUUGAAAAGGCUUCAGUACAGACAGGAGAAAGCCCUGAAUAAGUUUGAAGACACAGAAAAUAAAAUCUCACAACUUAUUGCUCGUCAUAACAACGAGAUUACAGCACUCAAAGAACGCUUAAGAAAAGCUCAAGAGAAAGAACGGGCAACUGAGAAAAGGGUGAAAGAAACAGAAGAUGAACUAUACAGGACGAAAUUAUCCUUGCAGAAACUGAGAAAGAUCUCUGAAGCUAGACACCUACCUGAACGAGAUGACUUAGCAAAGAAACUAGUUGCAGCAGAGCUAAAGUUAGAUGACACUGAAAGAAGAAUCAAGGAACUAACGAAAAACCUUGAACUGAGUAGUAACAGUUUCCAACGACAGUUGCUUGCUGAAAGGAAAAGGGCAUGUGACACUCAUAAUGAAAAUCAAGUUCUUCAAAACAAGUUGCAACAAUUACAUCACAAAUUGAAGGAAAAGGAGAGAGAACUGGAUAUAAAAAACAUAUAUUCUAACCGUCUACCAAAGUCUUCUCCAAAGAAAGAAAAAGAAUAUGUAUCAAGAAAAAAUGCUGCAUGCCAAUGUGAUUUAACAAAGCAGUGUACAAAAGGAGUACAAACCAGUGAAGACUUCAAGCUGGAAGAAUUUCCUAUUACACCAAAAAGAGUUAUGUGUUAUGAAAACAAAUGGGAACCCAAACGUCUUACUUUGGACCUGAAAUCUGAAGAGAGAAAUGAGCAUGAAGAAGCAGGGUUUCUAAGCCCAGUUGUACAAAGAGAAGAAAAAUUUGUUAAAGAUCAAGGAAUCCAUGUUGUAAAACAAGAGGCUGAGAAACUACAGGAUGAAUGGGAAAGAGAAGCACUUGCUAAAAAGCAAAAAGAAAAGACAUCUGUGCUAGAGAAAGAAGCCAAGCCAGCAUUGGAAACUGGAAGAUACCAAAUGAAAAUGUACCAAAUUCAAAAUCCAGAUAAAUUAGAAGAGGAAAAAGAAAGACUGAAGAAAGACCUUCCACUUGCCAAACUGAAUGACAUCAACAGAGACUUCCAAGAUUCUCAGAAUCUAAAAGGUCAUCCUCUGCCAUUGCUACCUGAUUUGGAAUCUGAACUGUACUCCCCAGAGAAAAGCCCCAAAACACACAAGUUCUCUGAAUACUUAGAGAGAUUAUUCAAUGGCCAUCACUUGCAAGGCAUCAGUCUUUUAACUUCAAAAGGAGAUGGUUGGAAUCCAGGAAACAUCAGAAGCCCAGUCUCUCCAAAUGAGCUUGCAUUUGGCAGCUACGUGCCUUCAUUUGCAAAAACAUCAGGGAAGUCAGAUCCAUUUAACCAAAAAAAUGGCCUUUUGGAUUUCCAAAGAAACAGUGUAGAGAAACUUAGUAAAGACAGUGUAGAUUUAACUACAAGAAAAGAGAGAAGAGCUAAUCUGAUGGAACAGCUCUUUGGUGCCAGUGGCAGCAGCACCAUUUCCUCUAAAAGCAGUGGCCGGAAUUCUCCGGCUGCUAGCAGAGGAGACUUUGACCCUUUAAAUUUUCUCCCUGGAGACAGAAGCAGCAGAGAGCAUGAUGAAGAUAACUUUUUCCUCACCGAAGGAAGAAGUUUUAAUCCAAGCAGGCACAGAUUAAGAAAUGCAAACAAUAAACCAGCAGUAAAAGCAGUUGGUUCUGUAGAAGAUGAGAUUGAAGACAUAGCACUGAGAUGACUGACUAUAGAAUACAUUUUUCCAAUUGUAAAUAUUUAAAUAUUUUAAUACAGUAUAUAUUAUAAAAUUUAAGAAAUUAUUUUAAUAGAUAAAUACAGUGCAAAUAAGUAAGUUGAUCAUAUGACUUCACAUAGCUAGUUCACCAAGAAUGAAGGAGGCUCUUUUGAAUGAAACCUAAAAUAGACAAAUAUCUUACUUAGUUUUUACUUUAUUUACAAAUAGGUGUUAGCUCUUAAAUCAGCUCUAUGGGAAGUUUUACUCCAUUGGAGUUCACAUUCAUUUUCUAUUUUUAAUCCCUAUUUAUUUAUUUGUAUUUAACUCAGUGAGCAUAUGGCCAAACCUAGUCUUCUUGUUGAUCAACUGAGUGGAAAUUAAGGGUGAGAGACUCUGUUGGGAAGCUUAACUCCCGGGCAGCGGAGAAUGGGUGCUAUUUCAGAGCCAUACCCUUAGUUGAGAGGGGUGGAGGUCCCUUUCUUACAUGGCCAGGCUGAGCUACUUUUAAAUGAAGGCAGCCAUGACAUUGGGACUUCUCAUUUCUUUGGAAGGAAGCCCAGAUAAGGGCUACUCAUUUCUCAAUUAGAAGUCUCAUUCAGUCACAACUGGGCUAACAUAUUAGGCUGAAUUUGGAAGAUGUUUGCACAAACAGUUCUGACAUGGCCCCCAGUACCUAAUCAGUAAUUCCUCUCUUUCUUCUCCUGCACUAUUUGUAUCUGAGUUUUCAUACCAAAUACAUGAAAUAGAAGAAAUUUUAUUCCAAUAUAGAAAUAUUUUCAACUCAAUUAUGUUUCCAAAGUAACAUAACUUGGAAAUUUUAAUAUAUACUAUUAAGAUUUGAGCUUAUUGUCAAACCAAAGAGAAAAUGAUAGUGUAAUACUACUCUAUUUAUAGAACUAUUUUGAAAGCAACCUUGCUUUCAAGUGUUUUAGAAAUGGGAAUUCUGCCUUGCAGUCUAGGGUGGAUGUUUUUCUGUUGAAAUGCAUUUGCAUUAGUCAUUUGCUCACUUCAUCUGCAAAGACUUUAUGAUCUUGUAUUAUGCUAAGUAUGAUUGGUCUUUAAGAAGUGGUAACACAUUACCAACCACGUAAAGUUUUCUGCUAAUGUUGUUUAAAUGAAGAGUGAUGGAAAUAGUGCAUCAGGGGAAGAAUUUAAAAAUGUAUAUUGGCACUUACUCUAAAGUGAGAUGUUAUGUUUUUUUCUUUUAAGAAUUUACUAUGUAGUCACUCAUGGUAUGAUUUCCAAUGCCAAGCAUACAUACUGAUGAGGGUACAAGUGUUACUGUUUAUCUUGAAUUCUUAUAAAUGCUUAUUAUUGAAUAUAAUUUCAUAACUAUUUGACAAGACUUUACCUGGUUAGGUCUCUAAUUAAAAGAUGUACCAGCCAUCUUUUCAAUUGUGUCCCUGUCAUUUAUUGGGAAUUGAAUCUCCCAAAAGUGCUAAACUAUAUUUUUUAAAUGUUUUAAUAAGUAGAUUUUAUGUCUAACAUAAAUAAGUAUUUAGUAUGUUGCAAAUAAUUCUAAUAUAUGUAAAACACAAUAUUGUAAUGCAGUUACCAAUAAAAUAUUAUGUAAUGUUAAUUUUGUUCAUAGCUGCUAAUUUUUCUGCCAAAAGUAUUCAAAUACUUAGGUUGUUUUGUCUUACAGGCUUUUCAAAAAGCCUUUUAGUAAAGUUGUAUAUUUAGGUCAUUUUGAUUACUCUUUUGUUUUUCGUUACCCGAUAUUUUCUAGGCUCUUUAACUGGAUACAGAAUUUCUAACAUAAUUACUAAAUUUAAACCUAAAAUUAAGUUAUAUACUUAGAAGCAUUAUGGUAUGAAGCAUUAAAAUUAGAGAUUAAAAUGUACA